AUGGAUCACAUAGAGACAAUGGUAUUCAACUAUGAAACCACCAAUCGAUCUGAUUUCCGGCAUAUACAACAGUCAACAGAAAUCAUUGAUGAAGUAAAGCCGAGUAAAGGUCCUAAACAUAGUAAAAUUAGAGAAUUGCAAAAGGCGUCGGAGCGGGAGGAAGGUUCGCAGGCAUCGGUAAAAAAGACGAAGAAGUUGGAUAGGGAGCUGGAGCGAGCGCGUCGGGCUCGGCCGCGCCUCGUCAUUGCGCCUGCCGUCAGCAUCGACGACAUUGAGGACCCACGCGUGCGUCGGAUCCUUAUAGAGGAUGUUUACAAAAGCAACGCCCAGCGCUCGUACGACCAGCCUACGAGUAGCAUCGCUAGAGGGCCCCUACCUUCGGGAUACACUCGCAAUGAUCCCUUGUCUCUGCCAAAGUUGGCGCCGCCCUACGUUGCGCCGGAAUGGCGUUCGGAUUGCGUGCAGUGGGACAGGAGGCAGCUACGCGCCCACUGCGACUCCACGAAGGUGUUUUGGCGAUCUCACCACCGCCGG